GCCGGUGACGUCUCGUCUCGGCCCACUAUCCGCUCUCGGCUUCGUCUGCACGCUACCGCCUGGCCGCCGUUUCUCCCCGACCCAGCUGAGCUCUUCUUCUUCGCCGCCGACGCCGCCCGCCCCUCGCCCCAGCAUGGCCGCCGCGUCGUCCGCCACCUCCGUCCACGACUUCACCGUCAAGGAUGCAAGCGGGAAGGACGUUGACCUCAGCACCUACAAGGGCAAGGUUCUCCUCAUCGUCAACGUCGCAUCCCAGUGUGGAUUAACUAACUCCAACUACACCGAGCUGGCCCAGCUCUAUGAGAAGUACAAGGACCAAGGCUUUGAGAUUCUGGCUUUUCCAUGCAACCAGUUUGGUGGGCAGGAGCCUGGCACCAAUGAGGAGAUUGUCCAAUUUGCCUGCACACGCUUCAAGGCCGAGUACCCCAUCUUUGACAAGGUUGACGUCAACGGUAACAAUGCCACGCCCCUCUACAAGUUCCUGAAGUCUAGCAAGGGUGGCCUGUUUGGUGACAGCAUCAAGUGGAACUUUUCCAAGUUCUUGGUUGACAAGGAGGGGCGUGUUGUGGAUCGCUAUGCGCCGACCACUUCCCCUCUGAGCAUUGAGAAGGACAUCAAGAAGCUGCUUGGGAGCUCUUAAACCAUCUGAGCGCUAAAACUGUAUUCCUCUGAGCGCUAAAAUUUACAAUGAUAUUGUAUUAAUAAAGUAGUGCUCUGCUGCAGUACCCGCUCAAUUUCCAUUGCAUGUGUAUUCGUAUAUUCCCUUUGAAUGGAUUCCGAUGAUGUAUACCGGUUAGUUCUGCUUUAUGCUUUAUCGAAAAUAUUGUCGUGGUGUGCC